CACUGCUUUUAAGAUCAUUCGUUGACAAACCUCAUUACUCAAUUCUCAAUUCUCAAUUCACAAUUCACAAUUCACAAACAUAUGAUUAGUUUCUACUCUAAUCCGCACCGUUCUCUUUAAUUCAUAGAGAUUUAUUCUUUGUUAAUACCAACGAGCUAGUUAGUCUUAUUGAAGAUGAAGAAGACCACCAUUUCUAUUUCUCAGAAGGACCAUAAAAGAAGGAGGUUAUUCUUUCGUUCAUGUCUCCUUUCUACUCUGCUUAUGCUUUCUGCAGUUUUCUUCUGUGGGAGCCAUUUUGUUGUCACAGAUUACAAAGAGAAGUUUUUAUCAUGGGGAUUGGUUGAUGCUAUGCACAAUGCAAUAUCUAAAAACUGCGAGGCUCAAUGCAGACCUGAGGGAAUUGAGGCAUUACCUAAAGGAAUUGUUUCCAAGACCUCUGACUUUGUAAUGCAACCAUUAUGGGGACCCCGAACUCAAAAGAAACCAAAGUCAUCAACAAACUUAUUGGCCAUUGCAGUUGGAAUCAAGCAAAAAGAAAGUGUAAACAAAAUUGUAAAGAAGUUUCUAUCAAGCGAUUUCGUCGUGAUGCUAUUUCAUUAUGAUGGUAAUGUAAAUGACUGGAGGGAUUUGGAAUGGAGUGGUCGGGCCGUACAUGUAUCUGCCAUGAAUCAAACCAAGUGGUGGUAUGCAAAGCGAUUCUUACACCCAGAUAUUGUUUCUGAGUAUGCAUUCAUCUUCCUUUGGGAUGAAGACCUUGGAAUCGAAAACUUUAAUGUUGGAAGAUAUCUAUCAAUUAUUAGAAAAGAGGGGCUUGAAAUUUCACAGCCAGGACUUGAUCCUGACAACUCGGAGGUGCAUCAUGAUUUUACAGCAAGAGACAAGAGAUCAGAAGUACAUAGGAAGAUAAACAAGACAAUUGGUGGUGGAAGGCGUUGCAAUGAAAAUAGCACAGAUCCUCCAUGCACAGGGUUUGUUGAAAUGAUGGCUCCUGUUUUUUCAAGAGCAUCCUGGCACUGCGUGUGGCAUAUGAUUCAGAAUGACUUGGUUCAUGCAUGGGGCUUGGAUUUUCAGCUUGGUUAUUGUGCACAGGGUGAUCGAACCCAAAAUAUCGGAAUUGUUGAUUCUGAGUACAUUGUUCAUUACGGUCUUCCUACACUAGGGGGUUCUGCAGCAAACAAAACAAAUGCUGAAGAACAAGAUCAAGCUGCUAAAAAUAUGUCUACUUCAAAACAACUGGCACCAUCGCAGUCAUCUCCAUCUGACCCUAGAACUGAGGUGAGGAAGCUAUCAUUUGUUGAACUCGAAAUUUUCAAAAACAGAUGGAAAAAGGCAAUUAGAGAAGAUAAUUGCUGGGUUGAUCCAUACCAGAAGCCACCACAGCAGAGUAAAUAAUAGUGCUUAUCAGCCGAACUCGACCAUUUUUAUCACAAAGAGAUUGAUUUUACGACCUUUCACAGCAUACAGAAUAUGGUCAAAAUAAGA